AUGGAAACGGUAAGAGUACGUCACAUGGAUCAACUCAUUGAAGAACGUAGUGUAUUAUAUAUGAGAUGACGGAAUGUAACGAAAAAAGUAACAUACUGUAAUAUAAAUAUUUUGUAGAGGAAAACACGUUUUUAUUUGAUGGAGGAAGAUGGCGGUAAAAGAAUGAGAGGCAGAGCUCGAGGUAGAGCCCGUGGUCGUGCUCGAGGCAGGACUAGAGGAAGAUCAAAAAAACAAGUUAAAGUAAUUGAAAGCGAUGAAGAAGACACACCUCAACAAUCAGAAGAAACUCCAGCAGAAGUUGCAACCGGUGAACCAGAGGAACAUGAACCACCACCAUUGCAGCAAGCUCCUUUGGAGCAACAGUUCGAUUUGGAAGCGGAUAUAUCACAACUGGAAGCACCAACUUUUACAACCAUUAAUAGAGGACCUCCUGAACCAAUGUUACGUUUAAGAUGGGACCAUCGUGUUAAUCUCAUUGGUGAAAAAGUUCUUAAUCCUAUGAUACAUUGUUGCGACAAGUGUCUAAAGCCUAUUCUUAUUUAUGGACGUAUGAUACCUUGUAAACAUGUAUUUUGUUUAUCUUGUGCCAAACGAGAAGAUAAAGUUUGCCCACGUUGUAUGGAAAAAGUUUCCAGAGUAGAACAAACAGGUUUGGGUACAGUAUUUAUGUGUACUCAUGGAGGAACAAGAUAUGGAAAUGCUGGUUGUAGAAGAACAUAUCUCAGCCAACGAGAUUUACAGGCACAUAUUAAUCAUCGACAUAUAUCUGCUCCUCCACAACCAGUUCAGGGAAUACAAGUUGAGCCUCCCCAAUACGUGCAUUCUAAAUCAGAUAUUGAAUCACAAUUGUCUAAAGUGUCUUCUGUUUCAAUGCAGAACACACGAAUAAAGUCAGUGCAAUCUCAUAUGGUGCAACCCAUUAUGGGAAAUGAUCCAAGAGUGAACUCAAUGGUGAAUCAACAAUCUGUGGAACAUAGGCAGCAACAUAGACCUCAAACAAUCAUAUCUAUGCAAAAUUAUCCACAAAAUUCUGCACCACCUCCUCCAAGUAAUGGACCUAUGCGAACUAAUCUCAUAACCGUACCUAUUCAAGAUACUACUAUGACAACACACGAGAUUCAUUCGCAGCAAGGUCAUCAUUAUUAUCCUCCUCCACCUCCACAAGUGAAUUAUGGAACAUACAAUGUCCCACCACCUGUUUCACAAACACAACAAUAUUAUCCGCAACCUCAACAUCCAACACAAGUAUCUUAUGUGCCACAACCUCCAUCUCAGCAACAAUAUGUAUCUUCCGCCCCAACUUCAAUAAGGCCAUCACCAACAGGAUAUAUACAAGAUCCACAAUAUGGUCCACCACCACCACAACAACCACCACCUCCACAACCUCAGUGGUCACAACAUCAGCAACAAUUUUAUAGAUAAGAACUAAUGAUACUAUUUAGUGAUCAUUGUGAAAACUGCAUUAAGGUGUUGUGAUAAAACUAACAUGGAUAAAUACAGUGAAUUGUAUAAACUUACUGCCAAUGUAAAAAUUUCAUUGGCUUUUAGGAAAAAAUAAUCUUGAAAUAUUUUAUACUUUUUAAGAGUAUAUAUAAUAUAACCAUGAUAUAAAUACUAAAAUUAUGGCUCUAUAGCAAUAAAAAAAUGUUUUAAUUAUAAAAAUAAUUUGUUUUAAUACCUGCUGCUAUAUUUUUGAUGAUGAAAUAUUUUAUUAUAUCAUAAGAAUCAUUUUUUGUUUAAUAUGUUUUACUAUUUAAGUAUUGAUGCAAACCUUACACCUUACAUGUGAUAUAACAAUAAUUUCACAAACAAAAGGAAAAUUUUUUUGUUUUUUAAAAAAUAAACUUUUCUUAACAUGAUUCUAUAAAUACAUGCACAUAUAUAUAAGUAAAAUUCAAAAUAUGAAACUGAUUUUUUGUUCUUAGACUUUAAUAUUGAUAGGACUUUAACUGUUAUAACUUAUGUACAAAACUAAC